AUGCUCAACCUACUUUCGGAUGAAAUCCUACUUAUGAUCCUCAGGUAUUUAAGUGUUGAAGAUUUGAAUACUUGCAAAUGUUUAUCUCUACGAUUUGCCAAUAUCACUGAAGAUACUUGCUUGUACAGAUCAGUCACAUUUACAAGAUGCUAUCGACUCUCAACCAACUUUAUCGUUGCUUACCUUAACAAGUAUUGCCAUUUGCUACGUUGUAUUGAUUUAUCACAGUGCUACUGGCUCAAGAGCACCAACUUAAUACCUGCCAUAUGUAAGUGCAAAAAGGCCACUCAACUCAACCUCGCCGGUUGCAAAAUUAGCUCUUCAGCGAUGAUCAAGAUAUUAGAAAAUAUACCACAUUUAGACGAAUUAAGCUGGUCCAUAUCCCUAGAUGUAUUCAAAAAUACUAGUGCACAGACUCUGCUACGUGAUAAAUUUGCCCAGAUAAACUAUCUUUCUCUUGAACUGCACUUUGGUGUUGCUAGUGCUGAACAAUUCCUAUUUGAAAACUCGUGUAUUCAUUCAUUCCUAAGGCAAUGGCAAUGCUGUAUCUAUUUUAAAUAUACAAGUGAAGACGGCUUCUGCUUUGAUCUACAAGCUCCAUUCUUCGAUAACUUAAUCACAAUAACUGAGCGUUAUCAUCGUGAAUCCUUUCGUUAUUAUCUUUGGCCAAUGUUGUCUCUUAAUAAUUCUAUCGAUUUACCCGAAACCAACAAAAUUCAACAAUUCAAUGUUGACAGGAUAUUAUCCACAAAGCCUAAAAGACUCUUAGACGCGAUAAACAAACGGAACCUCAAAGCUCUCAAUCUUUCCUUCAUACCCACCCUAACAAGCCAAGAGCUUGCCCAUGCUAUUGCCAACUGUAGAAAUUUGGUUAAGCUAGAUUUAUCCGGCCUAACUUCAGUAUUGCAAGAUAAACAAUUUCAGGGUUUAGAAGCUGUAGUACACAAUUGCCAGUUAUUAAAAGAACUUGAAAUUAGUCACACUUGUGUUUCAUGUGAUAACUUUAGCACUUUAUGUCACAUCCUAUCUAAAGCUAUCACUUUAGAAAAGUUAACAAUACCUGCUUGCCUUAUGGUGGAUAAAAAUAUUAUCAAAGGUAGAAGAAAUUCUAAUAAUGAUAUAUUAUCGCCGCAGCGCCGUAUUAGCGUUAUAGAGCAAAGUAAAACUGAAUGCCAGUCUGACCAAAACAAGAACGUAGAUAGAGAUCAAGUCGAUUUUACACUACUAACGAAGCAUUGCCCUAAAAUUAAAACAUUUUCAAACUCUUCACAUUAUUAUCAGUCAAACCUAUCAACUAAACUAUCAAAUCACUCUCAAUAUUCUAUAACAGAACUUCCUGUAAGCUGCUCACUAUCAAAAUAUCUCAUUAGCGAAGAAAUAUUAUCUGCUAUUGGAAACUGGAAGUGUUUAGAAUCCCUAUCUCUCGUUGGUUUACUGAAUGUAACGCAUCUUUCUUGCCUCAGUACCAUAACAGAAUCGUGUAAAAAUUUAAAACGCCUUAGCCUAGCUUAUAUUGGCCUUUCAGGUCAUUCAGGAGCCUUACUACAUUUACCUAAAGCUAUUCGAAAUUGCCACAAUUUAUUAGAAUUUCGCUUUGAUAAUCCGCAAGUAGCCACUUUUAAUAAACUCUUUGACAAAUGCAAACAUCUGACUGUCUUGCAAGUACUACACGAUACUACCAUCGCUCAAAGCAAGCAGACACGAAAUGAGCUUAUGAAAAAAUGGCUCCCUCAACGUCCAGCUUUAGUCAUUGCCCUUGGCAAGUCUCUCUAUGAAUUACAGCAAGAUACACCUCAGUUCCACUUAGAUUCUAUAACUCUACCUACAUAA